GGAACUGCAGUUGCGUUGGACAUGCAUUUUACCAACGAUUUUACAGUUAUUUGCUGCAGACCGAGGAUUCGUCCGUUUCGCUCAGACUUUCACCAAAGGCCACGGUUCGCAUUUUUCAUGACGGGCGGUGGUCGGUUAAAGGACCAGAACAAUAGAAAAUACAGGAAAAAUAAGGACGUGGAAGGCAUACAACAACAUACUAUCGAGUUUUCAAGCUACCAAGUGAUUAAAAUCGCUGCGUUUGUGUUGGAUGAUUCACGGCGUCAUCGCGAUUAUUAUCACCGAUAUAAGUGAUCAUUAUACACCGCUGUUGCAGCGGUUUAUUGCGCCGUAAAUUUUUGCAGCCAACUCGCACUUCCUACUGACAUUGCUGCAUUCUGACAACGAAGCAUACAAAGAACUCGUAAAACUGAACCUAGAAAUAUUAUUUCGGUCGUCUUUUUUUUCUCCUUGUUUUCUGGAAUGAUAUUUCUAUUUUGAUCUGGUUUUAUGUUCAUAGCCAGUUGUACCCGAGGAGUGUAAGGGAUACAUAAUUUCCAAAUUGAUCUUUGGGUAAUUGAACAAUCUCCAUGCAUUGGGCAAGAACGAUGGAACGCAGCAGUGACUGUGGCGGAAAGGAGCUCGAGCUCGACGAAGCAUGUUUCUCUGUUCAUAAUGCUGACUCCAAAGUUUUGGAAUUGUAUGGUCACUCGUGGGAGUGUUGGCUGUGCAAAUCCACUUUGAUGGGCAAACUUCCUCCUAACAGUAAUACCAGCUUCUCGAUAGAAACGAAAUAUCCUUUCCACGUUUAUUAUACUAAUCCCCUGGAGUAUUGUCACACGACAUUUGAUUUUGUCGAACAUGGCCAUUACGGAUGGAACUUGACCGGUGGAAGCUGCUCACAUAUUUACACGAUAUAUCAGCCACCAAAUCCAUAUAUGCCUAUUCUGGCAGCCUUUAUGCUCUUUUUUUUUGUGGCUGCUACCUGGGCAUCCGGGACUUUCAUAGCACGAUCUGGAUUAAUGUCACGAUUGCUGAGAAGAGGGACGCCGGACGUCCAAAACGAUCUAGGCAGGCUCCAGGAAACCGCAGCUGUUCCAGAUCCACCAGAGAGGAUAACAAGAUCUAGUACUCGUGCCAAAUUCUUGGACACUUUUCGCGGAAUCGCUAUCCUGUCUAUGAUAUUUGUCAACAACGGCGGUGGUAAAUACUGGUUUUUCAAUCAUAGUCCCUGGAACGGAUUAACGCUGGCUGACUUUGUUCUUCCAUUUUUUGCAUGGAUCAUGGGAUUCACCAUGGUAAUUUCCAUGCGUACGCAGUUGAGAAUCUCCAUUUCGCGACUCAGGAUCAUAAUGCGGUGUGUCCGUCGAUCAUUGACGCUAAUUCUUCUUGGCCUCAUCAUAAAUAGCAUUAGCGCAACAAAACACAAUAUGCAUGGAACUACGCUCCAACAAUUGAGGUUUACUGGAAUACUCCAGUUAUUAGGCAUCACCUAUUUAAUCUGCUCCACUCUUGAAGCGAUCUUCACAAAGGCACAGAGAACCUUUCAAUAUGGACGAUUUGGUUUCUUGCAAGACAUUCUAGAUGGUUGGGUACAAUGGCUCGUCAUUAUAGCGAUUACGGCAACGCAUUUGCUUAUUACCUUUUUGCUACCUGUGCCGGGUUGUCCGACGGGUUAUCUAGGCCCAGGGGGACUUCAUGAGGGAGGAAGUUACCAAAAUUGUACAGCCGGAGCAGCUGGUUAUAUCGACCGAAAAGUUCUGGGUUCUCAUAUUUACACUAAAAAAACACCGGGAAUUUAUGAAAAUGACCUGCCUUACGAUCCAGAAGGAAUUAUGAAUACCAUGUCCGCUGUGCUACUCGUUUACAUGGGCGUUCAAGCUGGCAGGAUUAUGCUGACCUACCAUAAAGCUAAUUCUAGGAUAAUUCGGUGGCUAGGAUGGGCUUUGAUUACGGGUAUCGUGGCAGGAACUCUAUGUAAUUUCAGCAAAGAAGAUGGCCCUGUAUCUAUAAACAAAUCAAUGAUGACGAUAUCUUACGUGUUGGCAACGACGAGUGUAGCUUUCUGUGUCAAUGCCAUCCUUUACGUUCUCAUUGAUCUGCAACACUGGUGGAAUGGUGCGCCGUUUUUCUAUGCAGGCACAAAUUCGAUAUUACUUUAUAUGGGUCAUUACUUCACAAUGGGAGUGUUUCCAUGGGCUUGGAAAAUCACCGGAAUUAACACUCACGCCAAUCUUCUGUCGAUGAAUCUUUGGACCACGACACUAUGGGGCAUAAUUGCUUACAUUCUUCACAAAAAAGACAUUAUCCUCACAGUUUAAAAAUCGUGACAAAGCAAUGAGGAGUUCUCUGUUUGAUACCGUUAUGGACUCCCGGUUUUUACUCACUCGACACAAUGAUUUCUGCCAAUCAUUGGUAUCUGUUGGAGAAAAAAAUUUUAAUCUUUCAACCAACUCGUGCAUCGAUUUGGACUAACUUUUUAACAUUUAUCAUGAGCUCUACUUCUUUAUAGUAACUCUUUCACCGGUAUUUACCAUUGGUAUUGUAGUUAUAGACACGAAAGACGUCGUUUGACAUUGUACAUUACGUUACGUUUGCACACAGUUAUAUUUUUGUUUACGGUCGGUUUAACGUGUUCGUAAUCAGAUUAGCUGUUUUAAACUAAAGAUUAUCGAGGAAAUUAACUAAGAAUUCAACGAUAUUCGGUCAAUAUAGAUGUAUUAAUUAACUUUUCAAUACAGAACCGUAGUUGAAACAGGAAAAAAAAGAAAAAACAAUCAUGGUUUUUAUUAAAAAUAUAAUUAAUAAUGAUAUUAUAACCCUGUAUAGAUUUAUUGAACAAUAUUCGUUUAAAUACUUGGGACUGUA